CUUUUACAGGCUGUGUAAGAUUCAAGACCUGAAAAAAUGGCUUUGGCAGCUAUCAAUCCACAGCAGAACAUUGUAUCAAGGGUUGUCAACCUUCCCUUGGUGAGCUCCACCUAUGAUAUGGUGUCCACAGCAUACAUCACCACGAAGGAUAACCAUCCUUAUCUGAAGUCAGUAUGUGAGAUAGCAGAGAAAGGAGUGAAGACGAUUACUUCAGUAGCCAUGACAAGUGCUAUGCCUAUCAUCCAGAAGCUGGAACCACAAAUUGUAGUUGCCAACAACUAUGCAUGUAUAGGUCUAGACAAAAUUGAAGAGAGACUGCCUAUACUGAAUCAACCCACUGACAAGGUUGUUGCCAAUGCCAAGGAUGUAGUUGUUGGAGCCAGAGAAGCUGUAACAACCACUGUGACUGGUGCCAAGGAAACUGUUGCUCACACAAUCACUGGAGUUGUGGGCAAGACUAAAGAAGCAGUGCAAGACAGCGUAGAAAUGACCAAGUCGGUUGUCAGCGGCAGCAUUAACACUGUCCUGGGAAGUCGUGUGGUGCAGAUGGUGAGCAGUGGAGUGGAUAGUGCUCUCACUAAAUCAGAGACCCUUGUAGACCAGUAUCUCCCACUUACAGAAGCAGAACUAGAGAAAGAAGCUGCAAAAAUUGAAGGUUUUGAAGUUGGAGUUCAAAAGCCAAGCUACUACAUUAGACUAGGAUCCCUGUCUUCAAAGGUCCGCACUCGUGCCUACCAACAAGCCUUAAACAAAGUUAGAGAUGCUAAACAGAAAAGCCAGGAGACGAUCUCUCAGCUCCACCACAUUGUUAGUCUGAUCGAGUACGCCAGAAAGAACAUGAAUAGUGCCAAUCAGAAACUUCUUGGUGCUCAGGAAAAGCUUUAUCAGUCCUGGGUAGAAUGGACGAAAAAUACAGGCCAAAACGAUGGUGAUGAACCACAUAGCGCUGAGCACAUUGAGUCGAGAACUCUGGCUAUUGCACGGACCCUCACUCAGCAGCUUCAGACCACCUGCCUCACCCUGGUCUCAAGCCUGCAGGGGCUGCCACAGAAUGUGCAGGAUCAGGUUUACAGUGUUGGGUCAGUGGCAGGUGAUGUCUACCAGAGCUUCCGGUCAGCAUCCUCCUUCCAAGAAUUAUCAGACAGCUUUCUUACCACUAGCAAAGGACAGCUGAAGAAAAUGAAGGAGUCUCUGGAUGAUGUGAUGGAUUAUCUUGUUAACAACACACCGCUCAACUGGCUGGUUCCAGAUUUCACUAUUACAGACCUGUCUUCAGAGUCAGAUGAUAUCCCAGACAUUCUGGAUUUGGAUGAAGAUGAUCAACAAGACUUUUCACGCACCAACGGCCCUUACACUACAGGGCAAAGAGCUGAAUAAAGAGAAGCAUAGAAAUGUUGUUUUGAUAAAAUGUACUUUUGCCAUGUUUAACUUCUAUUUCUUCUUUUUAAAGAUGCACCUGCCUAGCUUAGGGAUUUUGGGGAUAUUUUUUUUUAAUCAUUACUGUUUUGCUUGGCUGCAUCAAAAUUCCAGGUUUUUUCCACCUAAGGAAUGCAUGCCGCAUUCAUUCAUUAGCACGGGGGUCAAGCUCCAGUUCUACAAGCCAUGUAUAGCCUAGCCAGUGUAUACAGCUGAUCUAAUAUUUGUUAAUGAUUUGUUCUCUUGCUGGCAGCAGCCAUGAGAACACCCCAGUGCUUUGCAUAAAGGGUUGCCAACAAAAGGAGUUGAUGAGGAUUUCCCCACAAAAUUUCCCCUUUCAGCCUACAUGAAAAGCACUUCUGCAUCUACCUCUUUGCUGCUGG